AGCUCCGGGACCUGCAGAUAUGGGAUCCCUGUGGAGCUGUUGGGCACUCUGGGCUGGAGCAACCCUCCUAUGGGCUCUGCUCACCCCAGCAGAGGCAUCCUGCCAAGGCAUUCAGUGUGCACCUGGGCAGCGCUGCCAGAUGGUGAGUGGGAAGGCUAAGUGUUUGGCAGAGUCCACAGCUGUCUGCCGUGCCCAGGGUGAUCCCCACUAUACCACCUUCGAUGGCCAUCGCUAUGACAUGAUGGGCACCUGCACCUACACCAUGGCUGAGCUGCGCAGCAGCAAGGACUCCCUGCUGGCCUUUAAAGUAGACGCCAAGAAUGAGCACCGGAGCUCCAACAAAGUCUCCUACGUGCGCUUAGUCACUGUGCAUGCCUACAACCACACCGUGUCCCUGAUCUAUGGAGAAGUUGGCCUUGCGAAGAUCGACUACCAGUACUCAAGCCUGCCGGUCUCCCUGAGUGAGGGUCUCUUGCGUGUGCACCAGAGUGGAACACGAGGUGUGCUAGAACUGGACUUUGGGCUGGUGGUCACCUAUGACUGGGAUGGCCAGCUGACCCUGAGCCUGCCCAAGCGCUUCCAAGACCAGGUGUCUGGGCUGUGCGGCAACUAUAAUGGAGACCCUGCAGAUGACUUCCUCACGCCUGAUGGGAAGCAAGCUCCUGAUGUUCUAAAUUUCACCAAAAGCUGGAAGGUGAAUGAUCAAGACCUCUUAUGUGAUGAUGGCUGUUAUGGCAACUGUCCGUCUUGCAUCCCAAGCCAGGCCCAGCUCUUUAAGAAAGACCUUUUCUGUGGCAUGCUAACUCUGCCCUCAGGCCCAUUUGCUGACUGUCAUCAAUUUCUGGACCCCAAGCCUUUCCUGGAAGAAUGUGUAUAUGACAUGUGCGUGACGGGAGGGGAACGUCUCACCCUGUGCCGUGGCCUCAAUGCCUAUGCACAAGCCUGUGUGGACCUGGGCAUCUCUGUCCGCGAAUGGAGGUCACGAACCAACUGCCCCCUGACCUGUCCAGCCAACAGCCACUAUGAGCUCUGCAGCCCUGCCUGCCCACCCUCCUGCAACUCAGAAGCCAGACCGACCAACUGCUCUUCGCGCCCUUGCGUGGAGGGCUGCGUGUGCCUUCCAGGCUUCGUGGCCAGUCGUGGCCUUUGCAUGCCUGUCUCAUCCUGUGGGUGCAUCUUCCAGGACCGCCUGCUGGCCCCAGGUCAAGAAGUGUACGCGGACGAAAAAUGCCACCUCCGCUGCACCUGUGAUGGAGCCACUCAGAAGGUGAUCUGUAGGAACACAACAGGGUGUCUGCCUAAGGAGCACUGUGGGGUACAGAAUGGCUCCUUUGGUUGCUUCCCGGAAUACUUCCGCAUCUGCCGGGCAUCCGGAGACCCACACUACAUGAGUUUAGAUGAGCGGAUCUUCAAUUUCAUGGGUACCUGCACAUACUUGUUUACUGCCUCCUGUGGCCAGCACCCAUCUCUCCCCGACUUCAAAGUGUUUAUAGAAAAUGAACGCCGUGGAAGUCAAAGCGUAAGCUUUGUGCGUUCUGUGAAGUUGGAGGCCUUAGGAAUCAAGUUGGAGGUGCGCCGGGAAUACCAAGGCAAAGUGCUGGUGGAUGGCAUCCUUCACUACCUGCCCUUUCAAGCCCUAGGUGGGAAGCUCGUAGUGUUCCGCCAAGGCAAGUACGCCAUCCUACGCACGAACUUCAGCCUGUCUGUCAGCUAUAACUGGGACACCCAUGUGACUGCCAAGGUGCCCAGCAACUAUUUUAACAGUGUGUGUGGGCUCUGUGGGAACUUCAACGGGGACCCACGUGAUGACUUGGGUAAACAGAUUAGAGCAGAAGCCAUUGACCCUCGAGACUUUGGAAAGAAGUGGCUGGUAUCAUCACAUCUCGGCUGCAGGACAGACGAGCAACAUCUGUGUCCUGACUUCAACAAAGGAUUAGUGUCAAAUAUAACACAAAACUGCAGAAUAUUUACUAACAUAUCAGGUCAUUUCAAGCACUGUUGGAGAGUGCCUGCCUACAACAGUGCCUACAUAGAGUGCGCCUAUGAUUGCUGCCGUAUGCCAGGCCAAACUAAGCCACUGUGUGACACACUGGCCACAUACACCGCCAUAUGCCAAUCUUCUGGAGUCAUUGUGUAUCCAUGGAGGACUGAGACACUUUGCCCAAUGACCUGCCCACCUCACAGCCACUAUGAGCUGUGUCAGCGAGGCUGUCCAUUGACCUGUGGAGACCAGCCAGUGCCAGGAGGCUGUGGCUCAGAUUGCUACGAGAGCUGUGUCUGUGAUGAGGGCUAUGUCCUUAGCGGUGAGGCCUGUGUACCCCUGGCAUCCUGUGGUUGCGUAUACCAGGGCAUUUACCAUGCGCCAGGUGAUGAGUUCUAUCCUGGCCCUGAAUGUAACUCCCUCUGCCACUGUGAUAAGGGUGGCCUGGUGUCUUGUCAACCCUCACACUGCAGCCCACAUGAAGUCUGUAAAGUGUUGGAUGGCAUCCUGAGAUGUGUGGGUGAGGGCUCUGCCACCUGUCAGGUAUCAGGGGCUUCACAUUACACUACCUUUGAUGGCCGCCAUUUUGACUUCAUGGGCACCUGUGUGCACGUGCUGGCCCAGACCUGCUGGACCCGACCUGGCCUGAAACCAUUCACAAUACUGCAGGAAAACGCAGUCCAGGGCAACAAGCAAGUCAGUGUGACCAAGAAGAUCACCAUCGAGGUAGCCAACUACACCCUGCAGCUGGAGCAGAAUCAGUGGAAGGUCAAGGUGAACGGUGUGGACAUGAAGCUGCCUGUGUUGCUGGAUGAGGAUAGAGUUCAGGCCUUCCGGCAUGGCACAGAUAUGGUAAUCGAGACCAAAUUUGGCCUGCUCGUGUCCUACGAUCUCAAAUACAGCGUGCGUGUCAAGGUUCCCCACAACUACUAUAAACACAUGUGUGGCCUGUGUGGGGACUACAAUGAUGACCCCAAGAAUGACUUCCAGAAGUCCGAUGGCUCACAGGCAGCCAGUUCCAAUGAGCUGGGAGACUCCUGGGAAAAAGCUGUGCCAGGUUCUUCCUGCACACCGCGGCCUUCCUGCAAACCGGGACAGGCUUGCAGCCCGAAGUGCUACCCAACUCUGGAGAAGAAGUACCGCGGGAAAGAGUUCUGUGGGCUGAUCACCAGCCCCACGGGGCCACUGGCUGCCUGCCACAAACUGUUGGACCCCCAGGGUCCCUUGCAAAGCUGUGUCUUUGACCUCUGCCUGGGUGGUGGGAACCAGAGCAUUCUCUGCAGCAGCAUCCAUGCCUACGUGAGCGCCUGCCAGGCGGCUGGGGGCACUGUCAAGCCAUGGAGAAACCAGACUUUCUGUCCAAUGGAGUGCCCCCCUCACAGCCACUAUGAGGUCUGCGCAGACACUUGCUCCCUGGACUGCUCAGCAAUCACCACUCCUAUGCAGUGCCUGACGCCAUGUUCAGAGGGCUGUGAAUGUGACACUGACUUCCUGCAGAGUAUCACAACCUGUGUGCCCAUGGAGAAAUGUGGCUGCCACUACAACGGAGUCUACUAUGAGCCAGAGGAGUCAGUUCUCAUUGAAAACUGCCAGCAACAUUGUGUGUGCCAACCAGGCAAAGGCAUGAUGUGCCAGGAUCACAGCUGCAAACCAGGACAGGUGUGCGAGCCCUCAGGAGGCGUCCUGACCUGCGUCACCAAAGACCCAUGCCAAGGUGUUACCUGUCGGUCACAGGAAACAUGCACAGAGAAAGAUGGCAAGGGUGUAUGCAGAGCCAACUAUGAGUCCAAGUGCUGGGUGUGGGGAGACCCUCACUACCAUUCCUUUGAUGGCCUGAACACUAAUUUCCACGGGACCUGCAGUUACCUGAUGGCAGGAACUGGCUGCCCUGGCACUGGUGCUGAGGGGUUGACCCCCUUCAGUGUCAUUACCAAGCAUGAGAGCCAGAGCGACCCUAAGGUGUCCUACGUGAGGAAGGUCACCGUGAAAACCUACAACACCAGCAUCACCAUCCACGAGAAAAAGACUGGCAGAGUUCAGGUGAAUGGAGUUUUCAUGGCCUUGCCUGUGUACUUGGCUGGUGGGCGGAUUUCAGUGAUUAAUGGAGGCUCAAAGGCUGUGCUGGAGACUAACUUUGGGCUUCAGGUCACCUACAACUGGAAGUGGAGGGUACACGUCACACUGCCCAGCAGCUACUAUGGUGCAGUGUGUGGGCUCUGUGGGAACAUGGACAAAAACCCCCAAAAUGACCAAGUCUUCCCUAAUGGCACAAUGGCACCCUCAAUACCUACCUGGGGUGGCAGCUGGCAAGUUCCAGGGUGGGACCCUCUUUGUUGGAAUGAAUGUCAGGGGUCCUGUCCCACAUGCCCAGAGGACAGAGUGGAGGAGUAUAGGGGUCCUGGCUUCUGUGGACCUCUGGACCACGACACAGUGGGUCCCUUUACCAGCUGCCAUGCCCAUGUGCCUCCUGAAAGCUUCUUUGAGGGCUGUGUGCUGGACGUCUGCCUGGGUGGUCAAGUCAAAGACAUACUAUGCCAGGCACUGGCUGACUAUGCUGCUGCCUGUCAAGCUGCUGGCAUCAAAAUCGAGGACUGGAGGACUCAGGCCGGUUGUGAGAUCACCUGCCCUGUCAACAGCCACUACGAGCUCUGUGGCCCACCCUGCCCAGCCAGCUGCCCACCCCCUGCACGACACACAGCCCCAACUGCAUGUGAUGGGCCCUGUGUGGAGGGAUGCCAGUGUGACAAGGGCUUCGUCCUGAGUGCUGAUCAGUGUGUUCCCCUGGAUGGUGGCUGUGGCUGCUGGGUCAAUGGCACAUACUAUGAAGCAGGCACUGAGUUUUGGGCUGAUACCACCUGCUCUAAGAGGUGUCACUGUGGACCUGGAGGUGACUCCUUGGUCUGCAAGCCUGCCAGCUGUGGGCUGGGUGAGGAGUGUGCCUUGUUGGCCUCUGGAGAGAUCGGCUGCCAACCUAUAAGCAUAGCUGAAUGUCAAAUACUGGGUGAUCCCACAUACAUCACCCUAGAUGGGCACCGGUUUGACUUCCAAGGCACCUGCGAGUACCUGCUGAGUGCACCCUGCCAUGCACCACCCACAGGGACUGAAUACUUCAAUGUCACCGUGGUUAAUGAGCAUAGGUGCAGCCAGGCUGUCAGCUACACACGAAGUAUCACUCUGCGAAUCUAUGGCCUCAGCUUGACCCUCAGUGCCCACUGGCCCAAGAACCUACUGGUGGAUGGAGAGAUGGUCAAGCUGCCGUUCCAGCUGCAAUCACGGCUCCUUGUUCACCUAAGUGGCAUGGGCUUGGUGGUACACACCUCCUGGGGGCUCUCCCUGACUUUUGAUGGAAACAGUUUCAUGCGCCUGCGCGUGCCCGCAGCCUAUGCUGGCACCCUCUGUGGCCUGUGCGGCAACUACAACAAGAAUCCCAACGAUGACCUGACUGCAGUGGGCGGGAAACCUGAGGGCUGGAAAGUGGGCGGAUUUCCAGACUGUGACCAAUGCCAGCUUAGGACUUGCCCAAAACCCUGUACACCUGAGGAACGGAAACGUUUUGGUGGCCCCAAUGCCUGCGGCAUUAUCACGGCCCCCGAAGGCCCACUAGCGCCCUGCCACAGCUUUGUGCCACCCACGCAGUACUUCGAGGCUUGCUUGCUGGACACCUGUCAGGUUCAGGGACAUUCAGGAGGCCUCUGUCCUGCUAUAGCCACCUAUGUGGCAGCAUGUCAGGAUGCCAGGGUCCGACUUAGAGAAUGGAGAAAGCCAGACUUCUGUCCCCUCCAGUGCCCUGCCCACAGCCACUACCAGCUCUGUGGUGACUCCUGCCCUGUGAGUUGCCCGAGCCUCUCCGCCCCUGUGGGCUGUGAAACCAUCUGCCGUGAGGGCUGUGUCUGUGAUGCUGGCUUCGUGCUCAGUGGUGACACCUGUGUCCCUGUGGGCCAGUGUGGCUGCCUCCACCAAGGGCGCUACUAUGCGUUAGGUGCCACCUUCUACCCCGGCUAUGAGUGUGAGUGGUUCUGUGAGUGCGGGCCUGAUGACCAGGUCACCUGCAGGAUAGAGACCUGUGGGAUCCAUGAGGAAUGCCGGAUAGAGGAUGGCAUCCGGUCCUGCCAUCCCAAAAGCUCUAAACUAAUGCUGGUCCUUCAUGGUACCCAUUAUGCUACGCCUGAUGGCUUGGUCUAUGACCUUUAUGGCUCCUGCUCCUACAUCUUGGCCCAAGUUUGUUUUCCGAAGCAUGGAGAGGAGGCGUUCUCCAUUGUGCUCGAGAAGGACUUAGCUGGAAACCCCCAGCGGGUGGUGGUGACCGUGGCAGGCCAGGUCGUGGUGCUGGCGAAAGGGCCACAGGUGACCGUGGACAGUGAAGUGGUGGCACUACCCAUGGUUGUAGGAUCCAUAUAUAUAACCGCUGAAAACCGAAACGUAUUUCUGCAGACAAAAAGUGGGCUAAAACUUCUUUUUGAUGGCGAUGACCAUAUCCUUAUAUCCAUCCCGAGUCCCUUCCGUGGGCGUCUCUGUGGCCUCUGUGGGAAUUUCAAUGGGAACCAGAGUGACGACUUUGUGCUGCCCAGCGGAGUGGUGGCCCCCAACGUGGAGGCCUUUGGAGCUGCAUGGCGAGCUCCCGGCUCCUCCUUGGGCUGUGGUGAAGGCUGCGGGCCCCAAGGCUGCCCAGUGUGCUCGGCAGAAAAGAGAGAAUUGUAUGAGGAAAACGAUGCCUGUGGGAAGAUCCGAGACCCCCAAGGCCCCUUUGCAGCUUGCCACAAGGCUCUGAAUCACUCGGAAUACUUCCACCAAUGUGUUUUUGACCUUUGUACCCAUCACGGAGACAGAGACUACCUCUGCCGUAGCCUGGCUGCUUAUACUGCAGCCUGUCAGGCAGCUGGGGCAGCAGUGAAGCCCUGGAGGACAGACAGCAUCUGCCCUGCCGAGUGUCCUGCCCACAGCCACUACUCUAUCUGUACACAUUCCUGCCAGGGCUCCUGUGCUGCAAUCUCUGGCUUCACUGGCUGCACCACGCAGUGCUUUGAAGGGUGUGAGUGCGAUGACCACUUCCUGCUCUCCCAGGGUGUGUGCAUUCCUGCCCAGGACUGUGGCUGCUUCUACAAUGACCAAUAUAUGCCGGUGGACUCUUCCCUGAUGUCCUCAGACUGCAGCGAGCGCUGUUUCUGCUCCCCAAACAACGGUCUGACGUGCCAUGAAGCUGGCUGCCCAUCUGGUCGCGUCUGUGAGAUCCAGGCUGGAGUCCGGGGUUGUUGGCCAGCCAAAGGUCUCUGCACCUUCUCUGUGGGUGGCAACCUCAUCACCUUUGAUGGGGCUUUCAAUCCUAUCAGCUCCCCUGGUGUCUAUGAGCUUUCUUCUCGAUGCCCGGGACUCCUGAAGAAUGUGCCCUGGUACCGAGUGCUUGCUGAUGUCCAGCCUUGCCAUGACAAUGACAAGAUCGUGAGCAAGGUCCACAUCUUCUUCCAGGAUGGCAUGGUGACUGUGAUCCCAAGCAAGGGCACAUGGGUGAAUGGUCUCCGCGUGGAUCUCCCAGCUACUGUGUUAACAUCUGUGUCUGUGAGGAGGAUGCCCGACGGCUCCAUGCUUGUCCACCAGAAGGCUGGGGUCACGGUGUGGCUUGGAAAAGACGGGCUUCUGGAUGUGAUGGUUGGUGAUAACCAUGCAGCCAUGUUGUGUGGGGCCUGUGGAAACUUUGAUGGGGACCGGAAUAAUGAUGUUCAUAAAAAUCAGAAGACAAUUUCAAUAGAGACGUGGAGAGCACAGGACUUCUCCCCAUGUGCCAACUGAUCAGUCACCACUGGCACUGAAGGCAUCAAGACCUGCUCCCUCCCAGAAGUUACAGUGAUUGGAAGAUGCCCUGUGUGUCCCUUCCCUGUCCCUCCCCCUUUGCUGAGCCACUGAGGCAAACCUGAAAGCAUCGAGUAAAUAAAUACCUAGACACAGA